ACAUUGAAGUUCGAACCACCUUCUGUUCCCUCUUCCUCAGGUUAAGUUUGAAAUUAAAGAAUCAUUAGCCGAACUCAAAUCCAAAAUCCCUUCUCCAAACCCUCUAAUGAGGACAUGCAGGUCAUAAUUUAAAAUAGCUGAGGGUAUUUUGUUCUAUAAAAAUACCUACCCAUCAACGACCAUCUUGCCUGUUUCUAUAAACGCAUGGUAUAACCGAAAUUUGCUCUAAAGUUAAUUUUGCACAACAAAAAAGAAAAAAAGUCAUCAAUGGCAGAGCUAGAGAGCCCAAACGUGAUGCCAAAGCUCAUCACAUUUCUCUCUUCUCUGCUUCAAAGGGUAGCUGAAUCCAACGAUCUCAACUGCCAAUUUCAGCCCCAGAAAUAUUCAGUCUUUCAUGGACUCACUAGACCUCCUAUUUCGAUUCAAAGUUAUCUAGAGAGGAUCUUCAAGUAUGCGAAUUGUAGCCCAUCUUGCUUCGUCGUUGCAUACGUUUAUCUCGAUAGGUUUGCUCAAAGGCAACCCUCUUUGCCUCUCAAUUCUUUCAAUGUUCAUCGUUUGCUUAUAACAAGCGUCAUGGUUGCCGCCAAGUUCAUGGAUGACAAGUAUUACAACAAUGCUUACUAUGCAAAAGUUGGAGGAAUCAGCACAAUAGAGAUGAACUAUCUUGAAGUGGAUUUUCUAUUUGGAUUGGGAUUCCACCUAAAUGUGACCCCUGACACCUUCCACACAUUCUGUUCCUACCUCCAAAGGGAGAUGAUACUUCAACCUCCAAGCUUAGCUGAAUCUUCGCUGAAGUUAGGGAGAUCUCUAAAGCUCCACUUGUGUUUCAAUGAGGAUGAGACAUCCCAUCAAAAGCAGCAACUCGCUGCUUAACCCUUUUCAUUGUAAACACUAAAUGUAGUUAGUUAUAGAGAUGGCGACUCUCCUCAAGUCUCCUUUUUCAUUUUCUUGUGUUGGGAUAGGCAGGGGCUCUGAAUUUUUUUUUUUUUUUUUCCUAAUUCUCUUGUGUGGCUUUUGGAUUAUUCAAAUGAUUUGGUAAUGUACAGAUGACAGUCUGGCUACCAAAAUGUCUCUCUCCUACUCCUAUGUCAUCAGCCUAUAAAUUUGGGUUGACACAGUUAUUGCA